AUGGCGCAACCCCGCCGCCGCCGCCGGCGGAUGCCGGACGACCUGAACACCUAUCUCAGUAGUAUUUACUUCAAUUUAAAACAGCCCGGUUCGUUUCGCAGCCCGAAACAGCUGUAUAGGAUAGUUCGCGAGAAAGGACAAUACGAUAUCGGACUUACCAAGAUAAGACAUUGGCUCCAAACACAGGACCCCUACAGUCUCAAUCGACCCGUGCGCAGACGUUUCCGCCGUCGAAAAAUAUUGACAGGAGGGCUCAAUCAACAAUUUGAAGCUGAUCUCAUGGAUGUACAAAAUCUGGCUAAGUAUAACGAAAAUGUCAGGUACAUAUUGAUAUGUAUAGACGUAUUCUCUCGCUACGUGAUGGUGGCGCCAUUGAAAGACAAGACUGCCGGCGAAACCAUAAAGGGGUUUGCAAAAAUAUUCGAGAUCAGACAGCCACAAAAGCUAUACUCGGAUCGAGGUAAAGAAUUCACUUCCAAUAAAAUUGAAAAGUUCUUUAGAGACCGGGGCAUUGACCAUUUUCUCAGCAACAACGAACCGAAAGCUGCCCAUUGUGAGAGAUUUAUAAGGACAUUACGCAACAUCAUGUAUCGUUACUUCAACGCCAAACAAACGUACGUGUAUUUACCUAUACUCGACGAUUUGGUGAACAAUUACAAUCACACACCUCACUCGGCAUUAGGCAUAGCUCCUGCUGACGUCACUAGCGAAAACGAGGUGGACGUAUUGAUACACCAGUAUUUUCCGGAAAAGAAGGCGAGGAAGCCUAAGACAAAGAAGAAGAGUGUGUCGAAGCCCCGAAAACUGAGAGGUGUUUUUAAAUUUAAGCUCGGCGAUAAGGUUCGCAUAUCGCAUCUGAGGCGCACGUUCGAUCGAGGAUACCACGAGACAUUUACCGGCGAGAUAUUCACGGUGGUCGAGCGAGUGUAUAAACAAGACAUUCCGUUAUACAAACUAAAGGAUUACGCGGAUAGGGACGUUUCGGGAACCUUCUAUCAGAGCGAGUUGCACAAGGUCGUUAAUCCGGAAGACAUACAAUAUCGCAUAGAGCGCGUGCUUAAAACGAGACGUCGUAAAGGACACAAGCAAUUGUUGGUUAAAUGGCUAAACUGGCCAAGCGAGUAUAAUUCUUGGAUAGAUGAGGGUACCGUCGUUAAUUUGUGA